GUGUAGACGUCAGAAAUGGAGCCAAACCGUCAUGAACCCGUUGGAAAGAGAGAGUCCACGUCAUCACGCACUUCCGUCGAUAGGGAGGCGUAUGGGGGAGGGACCGGAACCGCAAGUGACGUAUACACCGGGCAUACCGGAUAUGGAAGAGAGGGGUUCACAGGUCACCCCGGAUCCGGAAGGGACCCAACUAUGGGGUGCCCCGGAUCCGGAAGGGACCCAACUAUGGGGUAUCCCGGAUCCGGAAGAGACCCAACUAUGGGGUACCCCGGAUCCGGAAGGGACCCAACUAUGGGGUACCCCGGAUCCGGCAGAGAUGUGUAUAUGGGCCAUCACGGAUUUGGGAGAGAAGGCUACCUCGGCCACACCGGAAGCGGAAGAAGAUUGGGUUAUUCCAUGUACGAUCUGGCCAAGAAACCUGCAGUUUCCGGUUUUUCCUUGUCCCUCAGACUGUUCAAAUCCACCCACAAGUACACCCCAAAAGAGCGGAUGUUCCUCGAGGCGGCUGAGAAGGGAGACAAGGCGACCCUGAUGCGGUGCCUCCAGCCGCCGUCCCCGGUCAAUGUCAACGUCACCAACAUGGUGGGCCGCAGCGCCCUGACCAUGGCCGUGGACAACGAGAACAUCGAGAUCGUCGAGCUUCUGCUGGGACAGCCUGACAUCAAGAUCGGAAACGCACUGCUGUACGCCAUCCGGGAGGGUGUGUACCGGAUUGUGGAGAUGAUGGUCAACCACCCCAGCAUCACCCCAAACAUGUUGGGUGAGGAGUGGUGCAACACGAUCGACCCCGGGGAGGAGUGUUUCGACUACUCGCCUGACAUCUCUCCCGUCAUCCUGGCUGCGCAGCUCAACCAGUUCGAGAUCUUACAGCUGCUACUGUCACAGGGCGCCAACAUAUCCAAGCCGCACAACCUGACGUGCGAAUGUGACAGCUGCAAGGAGCGGAUCAUGGCUGAUAGCCUGCGGUACUCUCUGCACCGCAUCAGUACGUACCGAGCCCUGGCCUCCCCUGCCUGGAUCUCCCUCACCUCCACAGACCCCAUCCUCACCGCCUUCCGCCUCAGCUGGGAGCUCUUCAACCUCGCACAGCUCGAGAACGAGUUCAAGGACCCAUAUAUGGAGCUGGUGGAGGAGUGCCGAACGUACGCCGUACAGCUGUUGGACCAGUGCCGCAGCUCGGAGGAGGUCAUCGCCGUCCUCAACCAGGCUUGUGAAGAUGACGACAGCGACGAAGAGGAGGAGGAGGAAGGUGCAAAGGAUGACGAUGAUGAAGAAAAGCUUUCCCUGAACAGGCUGAAACUCGCGUUGAAAUAUGAACAGAAGCAGUUCGUGUCCCAUCCGCACUGCCAGCAGCUGCUGACCACCAUCUGGUACGAGAGCCUGCCGGGAUGGCGCAAGCGCAACAUCUUCACCAAGGUGUUCAUCCUGAUGUCGCUCAUCAGCCUGCUGCCCUUCAUGGCCUUCUACUACAUCCUCCACCCGCGCAGCAAGGUGGGCCGCUUCAUGAGGAACCCCUUCAUGAAAUUUCUCAGCCAGUCCGGUUCGUUCGCGGUGUUCCUGAUCCUGCUGACCAUGGCCUCUCCCCGGGAAGAGAACAUGACCAACAGGCGCGGCCCGCCGCCAUCCACCGUGGAAGUCCUCAUCGUCUUCUACGUAGCAGGCAUGGUGUGGAAUGAAUGCAAACAGCUGUGGGAGGAGGGACUACAUUCUUACGUGCGAGAGUGGUGGAAUUGGAUGGACUUCAUGAUGAAUUCACUCUACCUCGCAACAAUAUCCCUCCGCCUGGUCGCCUAUGUCCGGAUCACGUCAGGAACGGCCGGACCCAAGGAUCUAGAGCGCAGUUUCUGGCCGCCGGACGACCCCACCCUCAUCUCAGAGGGACUUUUUUCUGUCGCAAAUGUCUUCAGCUUCUUUCGAAUAAUAUACCUGUUUCAAGCCAACCCCCACCUCGGGCCCCUACAGAUCUCCCUAGGCUGCAUGCUCAUCGACAUCGGCAAGUUCCUGUCGGUGUUCUUCCUGGUUCUGAUGUCCUUCGCCUUCGGCCUGAACCAGCUGUACGGCUUCUACGCCGACACGGAGGAGUGCCUGAGCGAGGGGGACGCCUGUCAGAAAAACCCGACAGAAUUUCUAACCCUAGGCUCGUCAUUCCAGGCCCUGUUCUGGUCGCUAUUCGGCCUGACGCCCCUCACCACGCUGGAGCUGAAGGAGGGACACCGCUUCGUCAUCUCCGUCGGCUCGCUGCUGCUCGGCGCCUACCACAUCGCCGCCAUCAUCAUGCUGCUCAACAUGCUCAUCGCCAUGAUGUCCACAUCCUUCCAGGAAGUGGAGAAUCAUGCGGACCUGGAGUGGAAGUUUGCCAGAACCAAGCUGUGGCUGGGGUACUUCGACGAAGGCUCGACCCUGCCACCGCCGUACAACAUUAUCAUCACUCCAAAAUCUAUGUACUACUUUAUCAAGGCCGUGCGGCAGAAGUGGCCGGAGUGGCAGGACCGGAUGCAGACCAUCAGGAGGAGUCUGAGUUCCCGGCGGGACGGACCCCCACCUCCCCCCGCAGGAGCCGCCCAGCAGCGCCCGGUAGACUCCAGCACAGACCCCACGGAGUCGGAAGAGGUACAAAGGCCGUACACUAUCAGCUCGUCAUGUAAAGGGCAAGUGAACCAGGGAAUGUCAAUGGAAAGCUUAGAGAUGCAGCAGACUCCUGACUGUGAGAAGGCAAAACCGACAGAACAGGGGCCCAGCACGGACGAGAUUUAUCAAUCAGUGAUGCAGCGGCUGGUACGGCGGUACAUCCACCACUACAAGCAGGCGCAGAGCACCGACGGUGUGAGCGAGGACGACCUGGCCGAGAUCAAACAGGACAUUUCAAGUCUAAGGUUUGAGCUUCGGGAGGACAGGCGGAAGGAGGCUGCGCGCGGGAACAUGCAGAUCGAGCAGUUCAAGCGGGAUGUGUGCCGGAUGCUGAAGGGGACCACUCCGAGCGGGAGGGUCUCCCCGGCCCCGGCUCACCUGCCUGUCGGGCAACUAUCCCAUCAACCCUCGCUGGAGAUGGAGGAGGCCAAUAUGCCGCUCGGUAUGGAAGAAAUCGACUUGUUGCGCCGAGAGAUCACUUCCAGUCUGCGGAGUGAUCUGUACUCGGUGAUGCGGGAACUACUUUCCGACCAGCGGAGUGUUCGGUUUGAAGGAGGGGGUAAUCCACCGGCCCCGCCUUACCAGCCGGCCUCAUCACAGCUGUACCAGACGCAGUUAUACACGGAGCUGUAAUACUGAACAUAGCCAUAGGGGGCGCUUAUGAGACGGAUAUUACUCUUGAAGCUUUAAGAAACGUACAGAAAAAAAGGAACCAAAUUUUCUUGUAAACAUUUCCCAAAGACCUUCAUGUGCAACGUUAGCGUGUAAAAAGCAUAUUAUACAGUAGCAAUAUAGUACAAAAGCAAUUUGAAUGGGAUUUGAAUGAAAAAAUACAGUUCGUGGUAGAUAACUAAGACUGUGAUUCAGUAGAAAAAAAAGUGGAUGGCUAAAUGUUUUGGCUGCACUAAUUUAUUGAUUAGAUGAUCAAUCAAAAAUGAUAGAGCUAUGAAUGAGGGUUUCAUUACGAAUAUAUGGGUCCUUUGUGCCCAAAUAGCCAAUUAACGAAAGUAAACGAAGGGCUGUGAGAAAGACUCCGCCUGUUUUAAAAAGAGGAUAGAUAAUAAUGAGAAGAAAAAUUUUGUCAUGCUGCUGUUUUCUUUCGAUUUCUCCCUAGUUUUACAGCUUGUUUGAUGUGAAGAAACAAUCAACAAAAACAUAUCUAGAUUAAUACAAAUGUCAGAAAGAGAAACGGGUACACACUGCUAUCAAAAUGUUUCACGUACAAUAGUGUUCAUAAUAGACCCCCCCCCCCCACGUUCCUCAUACAAGUUCUGUAUCUUAGUCAUGGAAAUAUAACGAAAAAGAAAAUUAAUUCAUUAUAUACGUGUAAAUUGUAUAUUAGAUACUACUAUAGAUUUAUAGAGAAGUCUAUAUCACGAAGGGACAUAACAAUAUAUUGGCUAAAUGGCGGUAUUCACAUUUAAACACUAUAUAUUACCUAUGCAAUAAGCCCAUCGGCGACCACCAAAUUAUGGAAUAUCUGACAGUGUGUUUAUAUGUUCAUUUGUAUUGUGUGUACCAAUGUACAUUUGAUUUAUUUUAUACAUUUGGCAGAUGUAUUCAUCUCUUUGUGUUAAGUUAAUGCUACUUGUUUUGUACUAUAUAUAUCCUGUUAUAUAUAUCCUGUUUGUUUAUUUUGUUUCUAAGUUUUGAAAUACGUGUUCCGAUAGGACUAUUUAGCCAUAUCCGAACCUGUAGGGCUGGUAUCAAUAAGGAUUUCAUGAUGGUCAACACUGACCUAAGGUGGCCAUAUACGCUACGAAAGUUUUGAAAGCAUAUCUAAAAUACCCAUAGAUUUCUGUUCAUGCCCGUGUUAAGUAUAUAAAUGUAAGACUAUUACAGAUUAGAGUUGUAAGAACGAAAGCAACGUUAACACAUUUGCAUGUAGUGUUUUUGCCCUUUAUGCGAAUGAUCGUAAUAUAUAAGUCUAACGUAUUUUUUUGCAGUGUAUUUUGAUGCAUUUUCUGCUGCAUUACUUACCUAAUGACAUUUCUCAUUGCUAAAAACAUUGUGGUACGAAUAAAAGAAUAAAUAGACUCAAUGGAAUCGUUUGUAAUCAUUUUAUUCGGAAAUUAUAAAAUCAAAUCAGCAGAUAUGAAACUACAAAAUAAUCUAAAUUUAUAUCUGGCCAACAUUCACAGGUACAAGCUUACUAUGGAAUGUUAAUCUUGAUAAUAACCAGACGGCAAUAUAUUCACUGUAUGACCAACAAACUUAACAUAAUAGUUGCUGCAAGCCCUUCUUUGUGUAUAUUUUUUUUACAUAGCAUCAGAUACUAUUCCGAAACAUAAACACCUACGUAUACAUGUACAGACAUGCGUGUAAGGACCUAAGAUAUAAACUUGCACUACACUAUCUUGGCAAAUCUAAAAAAGAUAAAAAGAUUGUCUCCUAGAACGGAGAUCUACCACGAAGCGUCUAGGAAAGACUCUUCGUUCACCUCGAGGGGAUAGUAAGGUCAUCAUGUCAAACUUCCGGUGUGUGUUGCUCGUGGAAAACUUGGAAUAGUGUGAUUUGGUGCCUUUAAAACUUGUUAAUUUCUUUUGGAAAAAAA